CUGUGAGCAGAGGCAGAAGCAGGCUGCAGAGCCCAGACCCCUGCCCGGCCCAGCUGGACUCACUGGCCCUCGACCCCCAGGGCUGGUGCUGGGCACGGGGGGACCCUGGUUGGCCGCGGCUCCUCAGGCCAAGGCUGGUCACAAGAGGGCCUGGCCCAGCUGUCCACGCCUCCUGACCCUGCAGCUGCCCUGGAGGGAGGGGCCCACCUGGGAGCUUAGGAGCCCCGGCCCAGCAUGGGGGACUGGGGCCGGCGGGGGGCAGCCCCCCUGGGUGCCGAGCAACCUCACCCGUGGCUCUGAGAGACAGAACUGAGCAGGGUCGCUACUGCCGCCGGAACGUUCAGAGCCUGAGGCCUCUGUCAAAACCCUGGUGUUGGAAUAUCCUGCCCCUCCCCAUCUGUGGGUGUGGAGCCUCGGCUCUGGGAGAGGCCCCAACAUAAGAUAAGUGGCACCAUGUUCUCCCUUCCCACCAGCAAUGUGUGAGCGGUCCUGUUCCUCCACACCCUUGCCAACACUUGUUGGUUUCCAUUUUUCGAAACUCGAAGCCAUCCAGUAGGUGCGAGGUGGUAUCUUUCUGUGGUUCCGGUUUGCGUGUCCCUUCCUUUUUUAAAAUUUUCUGUUAUUUAUUUAUUUAUUUAUUUUGGAGGGGAGAUACUUUUUUAUUAUUUUUUCUACUUAUUUAUUUUUAAUGGAGGUGCUGGGGUUUGAACCCAAGACCUUGUGCACAUUAGGCAAGCACUCUCCCAUGAGCUGUACCCUCCCCGCUGCAUUUCCCUUCAGGCUGAGGACAAUGAGCAUCUUCUCAUGAGCUGAUUGGCCAUUUGUACAUCUUCUUCGGGAGAAUGUGCAUUCAAGUCCCAUACCAUUUUUUAAAUGGGACUGUCUGUUUUGCUUGAGUUUUUAGAACUCUUUAUAUAUUCUGGACCCUUGUCAGAUACACGCUCCUCCUGUUGUGUGAGCUAUCUUUUCACUCUCUUACACUGUCCUUUAAUGCGGGGAAGUUUCCUCUUCGCUUCUUGGUUGCUGUGCUUUUGGUAUUGCAUCUAAUACUCCAUUGCCGUGAAGGUCUAGCCCUGUGUCUGCCUCUAAGAACUUCUGGCUUUGGCUCUUUGUGUUGGUGGCUGAGUUUUGAGUCGGUUUCUGUGCACGUGUGAGAGGGAACCAGGCUUCGCUCUUUGCACGUGGGGGUCCUGUUGUCAGAGACCAUCACCUGCUGGGCUGUUACUUCCAUAAUUACAAAAACGAGUGAAAAAUAAGCCUGCUCUGGAGUUUAAACUGGAGUAGACACUGCUGGGAAGGGGCCUCCCUUUGGGUCCAGAGGCUGCCCUGGCUCUCUUCUUCCUAUUCCUGGGGGGCAGCAGAGCCCCGCCCCAGCCCCUUGUCCCCGGCAGCACACUCGCCUCUGUGGGCAGAUCACUGGCCAGGGCCUCAUGGUGGGUGUGGAGCGGGGGGCAGGCUUGCCUGGGUGCCGGUGCAGGAGCAGCCUCCCCAGCACAAAGGGCAUGGGAUGUCUGGAGCCUGGGCUGCAGUGAAGGCCACUGGCUCUGUGGGGCUGGCCCUGCCAUCAGAGGGACUCCUCUCUCCCAAGGAGCGGGCUGGUCAGGUGGGCUGGUGGGUGGGAGGCACCACCCUCCCCUCUCAGCUCAGCCUUUUGGCCUGGAGGCUGGAUAGGGCUGGUCCCUAGGGUUUGGGCUUUCCCUGCCCCCACCUGCUGCCCCAGGCCCUUUGGCUCCAGUUCCCCCUCAUCCUUUCCCUCUCUCUUGCUCCAGUUCACCUGUGCUUGGACGCACAGGCGGCCUCCUCAGACUGGUGCCUGGAACAGAGCUGGCGACUGCACGACCUCUGCUGGCAGUGGCCUGUUCCCCUGGCGGCCUGAGGGUAGCCGAACUGCACCUGCACCUGCACCCGCACCCGCUGUCGGGUGAGGCGCAGCACCCCAUCACAGUCGGGGACCACGGAGGAGGCUGGCUGAACCGAUGCUGCCCAGGCCCCAGCAACUCCUGCAGUUCGUCAUGCCCUGGGUGGUGGACCCCCAAGCCUGGGAGAGCCUUUGCCCACCUGGGUGCCUGGAACAGUGCCUGGAACAGAGCAGGCACUACGUGAAUGCAAGUGAGGGAGAAAUGAUGGGGAAAACAGCACCUCCGCGCACUGUCCAGCCUCCUCUCCGCCCCCGUGGCCCGUCCCCAGAGGGGGCCUCCCAAACCAGCCCCGGUACGGGUCUCUGCCAGUCCUCCUCGGCCACUGCACAGGUCUCACCCGCUCGGGCGGGCUGCCUGAUGCCCAGGAGCCCUGUCCUUCCCACCAGAGUCCCUUCCUGGUUGCCGCCUGCUGCCUGGUUCACAGGGCACCCCUUGUUCUGGAGUGGCAGGGACCAUCCAGCUGGCUGUCCAUGGCCUGGAACACACGCUUAAAAUUGAACACACAAACACCAGAGCACACAGGUUGUGAGCGCACACAAACUGAUGAAUUUUCACCAAGCAAGCACACCAGGCAACAGUGCCCAGAACGAAAGACCACUCCAGCGUCCUGAGCCCCCAACUCCCCGCAGAGCCUCAGUGCCUGCCUGGCCCUCUGCACCAGUGGAGUCGCCCGGCGCCCCCGUCGUGUCCGCUUCUUCACUGCUGGAGGAGCCACGCGUGACGCAGCAUCACUGGCGGCCUCCCGCUUUUGCCCCGCGUCACCUGCGCUCCAGCCCCACGGGCAGCCCGGGCCCCUCCCCUCCUGGGUACAGUCCAGCCCCCGCUCCGUGCAGCCCCCACCCCGUCCGGUCGGAGUCGCCAUCACCUUCGGGGCUACGAGACCGGCGGCAUCACAGAGCCCGGCUGGGCGAGGGCCCCACCCGCUCCUCCGCACCUGCGCGCGGGCGGAGUGGGAGGGGCCCGGAACCCGGCUCCUCGGGGCUCGUGUUUCCGGCCGACGGGACGCGAGCGCUGCACGGAGCGCGCCCGGACGGCGACCGACGGACUGAGGUCACCAUGGCAACGCGGCGGGCCCGGAGGCCGCUCGGGGCAGGCGUUCCGGCUGCCGAAAUGCGACCCCCGCCCUCGGAACAGGCCCUGGACGCCCUACUGGCUCACAAGGAGGAGGAGUGGAGGGCGCUGCAGGCCCACCGCUCCCAGAUGCAGGAGGCGGCCCUGCAGGACGCGCAGAGCCGGCUGGAGGAGGCGCAGGGGAGGCUGCAGCGCCUGCAGGAGGACUUUGUCUACAACCUGCAGGUGCUGGACGAGCGGGACCGGGAGCUGGAGCGCUACGAUGCUGCCUUCGCCCAGGCCCGCGGGCUGGAGGAGGCCAGGCAGGCUGAGGCGAGCCAGCUCAAGAUCGAGGUAGCCAAGCUGAGACGGGCACUCGCCAGCGAGGCCCAGCGGCUCAGGGACCUGCAGCAGCAGUACCAGCGGAAGCUGCAGGAGCACCACCUGGAGCUGGAGCGGACCCACAGUGACAAGAAUGGUGAGAUGGACCAGCAGCGGGAGCUGUACGAAAACCUCAAGUGGAAGCUGGAGCGGAAGCUCCAGGAGCUCGACGGCGAACUUGCUCUGCAGCGGCAGGAGCUGCUGCAGGAGUUUGCGUCAGAAAUGCGGAAGCGGGAGCACGAGUUCCGCCUGCAGGCCGACAGCAUGAGCAGCGCGGUGCUGGCGCAGGAGCUCAAGGUUAAACUGUUGAACAAAGAGCUCGCGGCCCUGAGAGAGGCCGGCGCGAAGGCCGCGGAGUCCCUGCUGGGCGCUGAGGCGGCCAACUCGGGGCUGGAGGAGCAGCUGCGGCGCAGAGACUGGGCGCUCAGGGACCUGGCCGCUGUGAAGGACGCCCGGAUAAAAGAGCUGGAGGGUGAACUUCACUCUGUGCAGCUUACCAGGAGAAGAGAAGAGGAGGCGCUGAGGAGGAAGCACGAGGAGCUGGACCGUCUGGCAAGGGAGAAGGACACGGUGCUGGCGGCGGCCAAGGGUGCCCACGUGGAGCAGCUGCAGGCGCUGGAGGCCAAGGUCCUGGAGCUGCAGUCUCACAGCGACAACCUGGAGGUGCAGCUCCGCAGGGCUGAGUGGAGGCAGGAAGACGUCGCCAAGGAGAAGGACGCCGCCAUUGACAAACUUCGGGAAGAUGCAGCAGCUCUCAGAUCCGGCUGGGACGCCCAGAUCGCUCAGCUGUCCGAGGAGAUGACCUCCAAAGACCUUCAGGUCCAGUCGCUCCGGGAAGAGGAGAUGAAGCUGAAGGCACAGGUGGCCAGAUGCCAGCAGGACAUCGGAAGGUACAAACAGCAGCUGUUGCUGGCAGCCGAGAGGGAGCGGAGCCUGGAGCGGGACAAGGUGCAGCUGGAGCUGGACUGGCAGCGCCGCUGCGAGGGGCUGGAGCGGGAGCAGUACCAGAGGUCCGAGGACCUGAUCCAGGCGCUGACCGCGGCCCGAGACCAGGAGGCAGCCAAGCUCCAGGAGACAGAGCUGGUGCUGCGUGAGCAGGAGGCAGCGCUGAAGGCCGUGACCCGAGAGAGAGACCAGGCAGUGCAGGCGCUGAGGGCACACGGGUUCCACCCCAAGGAGGAGGCGCAGAUGUUUCCAAGGCAUUGUGAAGAAGACACAAGUGCAAGUCUUCCAUCUAGUGAGAUCCAGCGACUACAGGAGCAGAACAGAAGCUUGCGGAACGCUAUUGCACAGAUGAGGAAAGAAAUGGAAGCUCUAAGUGAUCAGGUUCUUCCUUCUGCCCGGUCAGGAGGGGAGACCACAGGAGCAAACCCGCCUGGCCCACAGGCAGCAGCUGACGCCCCCAUUCCCGGUUACAUUCUGGCCCUUGAAGCAGAAAUGCAGAAUCUAAAGCAUAAAUUCGAAACACUGGAAGCACAACUGGAGGACGUAACAGACCCUUCGAGGACGUCUGUGCCCUGUGCUGGCCUCCAGCCCAGUGUCCCGGCCCCCGCAGACCCCACCGGAGGAGCUGCUUUGGGCCAUGGUGCAUCCACGGGGCUGGUGCUCAGGCGGCUUCGAGACAGGGCACAUCUCUUGAACUUCCUGGUGGCGCGACUCAAACAGAAGGUGCUGCGAGGGCCCCUGGACAGGGACACCAUCCAGCGAGAGCUUCCCCACGAGCUGGACCAGGUGCACCUAGAGGUUUUGCAGCUGCGGAAGCAGGUGGCCAAGCUUGAGAAGCAUCUCGGGUCAGCCUGGAAGGAAGGCGGGGGCGCAUCCAGCAGGCAGCAGCCGCCUUCCUCAGACACCAUGGCCCUUGGGGGAGAGGGCGGAGACGCAGGACCCGUGGGGACCGAGGACCAGGGGGCGCAGACCCCGAAGGCCGUUUCCCUGCCUCAACUGCAGAGGAAACUCAUGGAGGCAGCCAGGAAAAUCCUGCGGCUGCGCCAGGAGAAGGAGCAGCUCCUGGAGAUGGGGAACCGGCUCCGCGCAGAGCUUGGCCACCUCGCCAGGAAACCGCCUCGUCACCCCCUUCCCACCCCUGAGGCCCAGGGCCCAGGUGAGGCGCCCGACCCACCCCUGGGACAGUUGCAACCCCACCUCACAACUCAGGACUCUAAGAAUGCCAAGAGAGAAUGUUUCUCUGAAUGCGUGGGAAAGAGCCAAGCUCACUUGGCACAGACAGUCUGCAGAAAGGACACUGGGCCAGGCUGCAUGGCGAGGCCCAGGCAGAGGCAGCACCCAGUCCCCACAGUGACUUGCAGAUCAACUCCUCAGAAAGAAAACCAGUCCCCAAAGCCACGCCUGGCUCAGGAAUUCCAGGAGGAACGUGGCCCCCAUACCCAAGGGUCCUCAUCAGUUGCCAGCAGUUCCCUCCAAGACACCUGGAAGUUACUCGACCUGGGAUCCAGCCCUUCCGGCCUCACCUCCCCGGAUGACUCAGCUCCAGAGCGCCCAGCAUCUCCAGCAGCCUACGGCCUCCAGCACCCCGAGGGGAGCCCCACCAGGCCCUGGGUGGCCUUUGCCGUCGAAGGGACGAAGAUGGAAGCCCAAGCAAGGGGCAAGCCCACUGGACACCCCGGGGCUCGUCCGGCAAAACCUCAAGGCUGCCAGCAGCCCCCCAAGAUUCGUAACUACAACUCCAAGGAAUGACCUCCUUGGCCGCCCUGCCUCCACUGCUCUCCCUCCCUCCCCUUCCCCACCCCCACAUCCUCUCCCCCACCCUCGCCUCUGCUUCUCCCCCUCCUCCUCCUUGGUGCUGCAUCCCCUCUGCAGGGUCAGGGACAUAUGUGGCACACCAGCACUCAAGUGUAGGUGGGGGCAGUGAGCUGAGAGCAGCCUCUCCAGGGCUGUAAGGAGCCUCACGGACCACCCGCCCGCAGAGCCUCGAAUGGCUCUUUUAACUUGGGGAGCACAGUAAAAGGUUCCUGGGCUUUGCACGGUGGCUCUCGCGGCCAAGUUUUCAGUGAGUCGAAGGUUCGACCGCCAGUGCUCUGGGCACCAGCACACCUGCUCCACCGUUUGUAUUUUAGUUUAGAAUACAGAGCCCAUUACAGUCCCAGACCACAGCAGCAUGUAGUCUCAAAUCUGGUGUUGAACCUCCCGGGAAGCCUGCCACAACCUUGUAGAUUUCACGGUUCACUCCAUGACCAGGGCUGAGCCUUCCUGGUCCACAAGGGGAGGUAUGAGGCAGGUGUGCCCAGAGAGCUUCACCUGGAGACAUGCAGAGAGCUUGUGGGGAGCUGCCAGGCAUACAGUGCGUGGGUCUGCACGAAGCUCACUCCUGGCCUGAGCUGGCUGCCUGCCCUGUGACCCUCACCUCUCCUCCUGGGGUUGGGGGGACCAAAGGCAGCCCGAGGGGCACUCAGGGUCAUGGCCUGGGGCCUGGUCUGGGCUCAGGGGGCCUGAAGAGAGAUGUGCAGCUGGUGUGCCUGUGGCGGACAGGCAGCCCUCCUGAGGGGGCACAUUUCUGUGGAAGAGGGAGGGUUGCCUCACUCCUGGAUGUCCUUCCACCAAGAGGAGGAGAGAGCAGCCCCUCACAGCAUGUGGCCUGCACUCUGGCCAGGCAUGAAGGUUGGCAGCCCCACCAGGUAAGGAUGCUCGGGUGCCUGGCCCAGCUGGCCCUGGAGCAGGGCCCCUUCGGGCCCCUUGGAAAGUGCACCUUUCAUGAACUUCAUCUCAUUUAUCUGGUUGUCAGGCUGCGAUCUCUGGGGAAAGAAGGCAGAUCAGAAUCUAUACGUCCAUCCUGGGCGCACCACACUUGGGGAACUGUAGCGGCAAUGGGUCACUUGUGAUUUGCCAGGAGGCAGCAGGCUGGGAGCGGUUUUGCUGCUGCUGGUGCCAGUGGCCUCCAUGCUCCGCUGUUUCUUGCAUGUGCCCCUUAAAGUGAGGGGUGGCCAUGUGGCUUCCUUUAGAUGAAAAAGUGAGGAGAGAGGCCCUGUCAUCUUCCCUAGAAGCACUUCAGAGCCCACGAGAGUCUCCAGCCCCCUGUGGUUCCAGCCUGGCUCUCAAUCCCAGCCCCCCAGCCCAGAACUGUCCCCCGUCGCCUGGGCCCCAGGCAGGCUACAGUGAGCAGAGCCCCACCGACCAGCAGGAGGCGAGCCAAGGACAGUCUAAGGCACCAAGAGCUGGGGGUAUCUGUGCAGCACAGUCCUGGACAUCUCUCAAGUAGGAAGGAGAAGAAAAUCCUACAGAAACAUUGUUUGGGACAGCACUUCAGCUGUGGGGCCUCGGGGCCUUCUCUCCCCUUUUCCUAUCCUGCCCUUCGUCCCCGUGUGUGAAUCAGCGGCCCGCAGUGACAAGCCAAGGGGAAGGCUGGAGCUGCCACUGGGACCUACCUGGGAGCCUGGGGGGACACCGUGGGGUGUGUGUGUGCAGUGUGGCCGUGUUCUCUGGGUUCUGGUGCCAGACCGGUUCUGUGCUGUUCCUCAACGCCCCUGGCCAGUGCCCUGCUCCAUUGAUGAUCCCUGAGCUCCUGAGGGCAGGGUGGAAGGGGUUGCCAGAGAGCAGGGCGAGGAGCGCUACAGAGUUUGAGAUCAUGACAAUGAAGCUGCGGGCUGGCCCCAGGGAACUGCCAGGGCUCCUCUGGCCUGGGAAGGGUCUGUCUGCCACCCAGAAGGGAGCCAGGGCGCCGCAGGGCGUGGCCGCCAAGCUAGGAGGGCAGGCUUCUUGGAUUCUCACGUGACCCCAAGGCCGGCCGUCUGUUUCUUUUUGGUCUGCAAGUUAAGGGCUUUUUUUUUUU